UCUCCAUCACAAACAACAACUUAAAAAAUAUCAUCUCAGAGUCAUUGGCUUUGGUUUGCAAAUCAUGAAGAGGCUCAGUCCUUCACCUUCCUUGGAUGCUUUCAUGUCCACCUCUCAGCCUAAAGUUGAUUAUGCAGAGGAGAAGAGUUCAAAGAAGCACCAAAUUUACAGCAAGGAAUUCCAGGCUAUGUUAGAUGGUUUAGAUGCAGAAGACGACUUAGAAGAAGGUGGUCAAGCAACAGAGAAGAAAAGGCGUCUAUCUAUGCAUCAAGUUAAGGCUUUAGAGAAGAAUUUCGAUGGAAACAAGUUAGAACCAGAGAGAAAAGUGAAGUUAGUUGAAGAAUUGGGGUUCUGACCAAGGCAAGUGGCUAUUUGGUUCCAAAACCGAUGUGCUCGUUGGAAGACCAAGGUGUUGGAGAAAGAUUAUGCAAUGCUUAAAGCUAAUAGAGAGAAGGAACCUCCUAGAAAUUGUUCAAAUUGCUUGCAUAGCCCUCGGACAAUAGACAAUUAA